AGCGAGGCGGCGGCACAAAAUGGCGGCGGCGGCGGGAGGUGGCGGCCCCGCGGGUCCUCAGGCGGCCGGCGCGGCUCCCGCCCCGGUGCCAGGUCCCGGAGCGGUGCUGAUCGGAGAUCGGCUGUACUCGGGCGUGCUGAUUACGUUGGAGAACUGCCUGCUGCCCGAGCACACGCUGCGCUUCACGCCGUCCAUGAGCAGCGGCCUGGACCCCGACACCGAGACCGAGCUGCGCGUCACCGGCUGCGAGCUCAUCCAAGCGGCCGGGAUCCUGCUGCGGCUGCCGCAGGUUGCUAUGGCUACAGGACAGGUGCUGUUCCAGCGAUUUUUUUAUACCAAGUCUUUUGUGAAGCAUUCCAUGGAGCAUGUGUCCAUGGCCUGUGUCCAUCUGGCAUCCAAAAUUGAGGAAGCCCCCAGACGCAUUCGGGACGUGAUCAAUGUGUUCCAUCGCCUCAGACACCUGAGGGAGAAAAAAAAACCUGUGCCUCUAAUAUUGGAUCAAGAAUAUGUGAACUUGAAGAAUCAAAUAAUAAAGGCAGAAAGAAGAGUGUUGAAGGAGUUGGGAUUUUGUGUUCAUGUGAAGCACCCUCAUAAGAUAAUCGUUAUGUACCUUCAGGUAUUAGAAUGUGAACGUAACCAACACCUGGUCCAGACCUCAUGGAACUACAUGAAUGACAGCCUGAGAACAGAUGUCUUUGUGAGGUUCCAGCCAGAAAGUAUUGCCUGUGCCUGCAUUUACCUGGCAGCCAGGACACUGGAGAUCCCACUUCCAAAUCGCCCACAUUGGUUUUUACUGUUUGGAGCAACGGAGGAAGAAAUUCAAGAAAUCUGCUUAAAAAUCUUGCAGCUCUACACGAGGAAAAAGGUGGAUUUAUCUGAUCUGGAAAGUAAAAUAGAAAAGAAGAAAUUGGCUAUUGAAGAGGCAAAAGCACAAGCUAAAGGUCUGGUCCCUGAGGGAGUUCCAAGCUUGGAUAACACAUCGGGAUUUUCCCCUAUCCCAAAAAAUGAGUCUCCAAAAGAGGUUAAAGGAAAUAAACCUUCACCGCUACCUGUGCAGGCCAUGAAGAAUGCUAAGAGGAAAACAGAGGGAGCCAAGAGAACCAGCUCCAACAGCCCAGUAAAUGGUGUCCAGAAAGGAAGGGAGAGCAGAAGUCGAAGUGGAAGCAGAGAUCAGAGUUACUCAAGGUCACCGUCGAGGUCUGCAUCCCCUAAGCACAGGAAAAGUGAGAGUUACUCCACGUCCAGCGGCUCCAAGUCUCACAGCCGCUCUCGGAGCCGCAGCGACUCCCCCCCGAGGCAGUUCAACCACAGCUCGGCCUACAAGGGCUCCAAGGCACGCGGCUACAAGAAAUCCAAAGACUACAAAUACUCUGCUCACAAAACGCGCAAAUCCCGCAGCCGCAGCUCGUCCCGCUCCCGCAGCCGCUCCCGCGAGCGCUCCGACCACUCGGGCAAGUACAAGAAGAAAAGUCACUACUACAGGAACCACCGGCACGAGCGCUCGCGCUCCUACGAGCGCGCGGGGCACCGCUACGACAGGGACAGGGACAGGGACAGGGAGCACCCCGGGCACAGCCGGCACCGCCGGUGAGCCCCCCCCCGGGGAAGAGGGUGCCUGCAGGUGAGCCCAGGGAGGGGAGGUGCCUGCAGGUGAGCCCCCCCCCGGGGGAAGAGGGUGCCUGCAGGUGAGCCCAGGGAGGGGAGGUGCCUGCAGGUGAGCCCCCCCCCGGGGGAAGAGGGUGCCUGCAGGUGAGCCCAGGGAGGGGAGGUGCCUGCAGGUGAGCCCCCCCCCGGGGGAAGAGGGUGCCUGCAGGUGAGCCCAGGGAGGGGAGGUGCCUGCAGGUGAGCCCCCCCCCGGGGGAAGAGGGUGCCUGCAGGUGAGCCCAGGGAGGGGAGGUGCCUGCAGGUGAGCCCCUCUGCCCCAGGGGAACAGGGUGCCUGCAGGUGAGCCCAGGGAGGGGAGGUGCCUGCAGGUGAGCCCCCCUGCCCCAGGGGAAGAGGGUGCCUGCAGGUGAGCCCCCAGAGGAGGGGAGGUACCUGCAGGUGAGCUCCCAGAGGAGAAGGUACCUGCAGGUGAGCCCAGGGGAGGGGAGGGUGCCUGCAGGUUAGCUCCCCCAGAGGAGUGGGGGGUGCCUGCAGGUGAGCUACUAGAGGAGAAGGUGCCUGCAGGUGAGCCCCCAGAGGAGAAGAUGCCUGCAGCUGAGCCCCCCCAGGGGAGGGGAGGUGCCUGCAGGUGAGCCCUCAGGGGAGGGGGGGUGCCUGUAGGUGAGCUCCCCCCAGGGGAGGUUCCUGCUCUGAGCCCUGGGGCUGUUUCAGGGGGAAUUCCUGGUGGUGAGCUCCUCCUGAUGCUGCUUCCCUCAGGCAUUCCUGUCUCUGGCACCACUGGUGAACCAGGGCUGCUUCCCUCAGAAUUCCCUCUGCCAGCAGAGCUCAUUCCCCGUGGCUUGUGCAGUACCAGGGUUAAUCUGGCUCAUGAACCACCCCUGGCUUGAGCCACGUUCUGCCAGCAGUCUGUGCUCAUCCAUGAAUCCAAAGGAAAGACUGACAGGGUUGGAAGUGAUGUCAGGAGUGCCCUGUGCCAGGGUGUCACUGUCACCUUCACACUUGGUGCUCCUGUCCUGCUUUUCAGUGAUUUCCAUCCCUCAGAGCAGUGCAGUGUUUGGGACUUCCAGUCCUGCAGGCAGCAGCUCCGUGGCCCAUCCUUGGAAUGCUGUGCCCAGCAGUUCUUCCCUGUGGAACUGAAAAGCUCCUCAUCCCCCUGGGAGUGGUUUGGUGCUAACAACACCCUCUUUUCAUACUGGCUCAGUGAUGUUGUACAGGUGGGAGGUGACUUUUUUUUAGACCCGUUGCCUAUAUUAGGUUCUCUGUGUAUAUAUAUUUUGCAGUGUUACAGUACAGUAUGGGAAAAUGGCCUUCCUUAGCCUUUACACUUUACCCACAAUGUAAAUAAGCAUUUGUUUAAUACAGGUGAAGAUAUAUACAGAAAAUUCAAAACUUGAAUUCUAUCAAAAAAAAAAAAAAGACUUGUGUAGAAAAUUCUGAUAAAUGUGAAAGUAUUUAGCUCUGUGCAUUGAGAGUAGUAUAUUUUUAUCUGUGCAAUGCUGUGUGCGGGCCACCAGCUCAGAAGACAUUUCCUAUAUAUCCAUUUGAAGUGGUUGAAAAUUCUUUACUCAGGAUCUUUGACACUCUGAAGAAUUCGUAGUUUGUCAGUCUGCAUGCUUGAUGAACAGAGCAUUUAAAAACCAAUUAGCAGAGCCCCACAGCCCAGUAGUAUCAGUUCUAGUGGUAUAUCUGAGCUGUUACUCUCAUGCUCCCUGAUUUCAUUAAAGUAUUUGAUUUUCUAUUACAUUCA